GAGGAGUUCACCCUGCGCAGGAGCCUGUUCGUUUGGUUGAAGUCGGCUCUAGGAUGGCAGAGGAGCAAGGCUACUGAGCACUCGUUCUCUCGCGAGGCUCAGCCUUGCCGAGGCUGACGUCACACAGCCUUGGACCAAAACACAACGCUGGCCGCAGUGCCUCACACGCACGAUUCUCAGCCGCAGUCUCUGCUCCUCUGCACAACCACAACAGCAUGGCUUCAAAUCUCCUCGAAAUCCCCUUUCGUCGGACGCACUCGGUGGAUUUGUCCUCCGCCAUCAAACAAUACAUUUCCACGAAGUAUGACCAGUCUCCAGACAUGUUCGCAGAUGACCUGCGAGACAUCGACCGCCUACGGAACGACGCCAUAAACGUCCGCGAGCCUCACGUCAGUGGUAUCAAACGCCUACAGAUAUAUGCUGCACAGCUACGAUACCUGGGCGGGAAAUUCCCCAUUGACAUCGGCGUCGAUUUCCCGUGGUACCCCGCGAUAGGCUACGAUCGCGACAAGCCCGUGCUACAGAACAACCUACGGUUCGAGCUUGCGAAUAUACUCUUCAAUCUUGCGGCCCUAUAUUCACAACUUGCGUAUGCGACGAAUCGAACGACGAUCGAUGGCCUCAAAUCUGCGGCUGAAUAUAGUAUCGCUGCCGCCGGCACCUUUUCCUUCAUACGAACAGAUAUCCUCCCUGAUAUGCGAUCGACCCCACCCGAGGAUAUGGAUGAUAUAACUUUGGACAGCCUGCAACAGCUGUGCUUGGCACAAGGGCAAGAAUCCUUCUGGCAGAUAGCAAUCAAGAGGAAUAUGUCGGACGGCACAGUAGCAAAACUCGCAGCAAAAGUCUCCGAUUACUACGUCUUUGCAGCGGAUGCCGCACGUCAGUCCAGGGCCGUGAGCGCGGAAUGGAUACACCAUUUCCAGGCGAAACACCACCAUUUCGCUGCUGCUGCUCAGUUUCGACAAUCUCGAUACUGCCUGCAAAACAAGCAGUACGGCGAAGAAAUUGCCAGGCUCAAGGACAGUCUCACCUGCGUCAACGAGGGUCUUCAAGAAGCCCGAUACAUCAAUGCCACGGUCACCGGGGAUCUGAACGGGCUCAAGUCCAGGGUCGCUGAAGAGCUGAAGAGGGCUGAAAAGGACAAUGAUCUGAUCUAUCUACAAACAACAACGCCCAAAUCGGAGCUCAGGCUUUUGGAUCGAACAAAUAUGGUUGCUGCAAAGACACCUGCAGAUAUCGUCAAUGGCAUUUCCCUGCUGGGUGAAGGAAAACCCUUUGGCAGGCCGUUAUUCGACAAGCUUGUUCCUUAUGCUGUCCAUCAAGCUGCAUCAAUAUACGCCGAUCGGCGUGACCGCCUUGUAAACCAGUCUAUCAUUGUCGAUCUUGAAGCCAUGACAGUUAGACUGAGAGAUAUCCUGCAAUCGCUCGAUUUGCCUGGCUCAUUACAGGCCCUUGAAAAGCCACUUGGUUUGCCUGGCAGCCUGGUUUCAAAGGCCGAGGAACUUCGACAGCAGGACGCCCUGUACCGAAUCAAGAGAUCAAUGGAAGACACGACCAAGUUGAAGACGAAUGAUCUCGCCAUCUACCAGGAAGGCGUUGCGUUGUUAGAGGCUGAGAAAGCCGAGGAUGAGCGAGCUCGAGCCAAGUACGGCACGGACAGAUGGGCACGUCCAUCCUCCACGACCGCCCUGGCCAAACUGUAUCAGACUUCAAACGAGCUGCAGACGUAUCUAAACUCUGCCGCCUCAAGUGACAACUUGGUGCAAGCAAAGUUCCGGGAGAAUGAGCAUAUUCUCAAAAUCUUGACUGGGACAAAUCGCGAUCUUGAACGAUUUGUUCCCUCGUCCAGUCAGGUCACCAUGACCCCGGCCAUCGAGGAAGCCGCGUCUCGACUACGGACAUGUCUGAACGAAGUCUCCCGUUUAGAGACUCGGCAGAAGAAUCGCAUUGCGGCUCUCAAAGAAAAAGCCAAGUCUGAUGAUAUUGGACCGGCUUUGCUCGCUGAAGCAGCUCGCCUGGAGCGGGAGUAUCCCAUGCAGAAGAUCGAACCAGGACAGUUUGAGAAAUUGUUCGAAACACGUCUUCAGGCGUAUGAGCCUGAUCGCGAAGCUCUUGCAGCUGAACAAGAGGAACAAGACCAAGUUGUUGCUCGACUGCGGGAAGCGAAUAAAGCAUUUUUGGACGCUCGAAGGGGCGACACCAGUACCAGAGAUCGCCAGAAGGCUCUACAGACGCUGGACACAGGAUAUGCCAAAUACAAAGAGCUGAUUAGCAAUUUGGACACUGGAAGAAAGUUCUAUAACGACCUCGCCGUUCACGUGACGCGUUUCCGAGACAAUUGUAAAGCGCAAGUGUCAGAGCGCAGGAUCGAGGCCAGUCAGCUUGAAGCGGAGCUCGCGGGACAAGAUAUGGGCAGGCUCAAUCUUCAGGAAACGAGGAGGGAAUUAAGGAGUCAGAAUACAGCGCCGCAGACGAGAAGCCGUAUGCAGCAACAACCACCUGCGGAGACUCAAGAAGCACUGACGGCACCGGUGCCAACAAGGAAUCCACCUCCUGGAGGGGUUAUUCCCUCCACCUCACCCUUGCCGGUCGGUGUUGCGGGUGGCACGAUUGGUGGUGGAGGAAUCUGGACACCAGACAUGGGUAUCAGAUUCGGUGGAGCGCCAAAUCAACCUGGACAGGCGGGUUAUCCCGUCCCAAGACGACCAUGAGAACUCAAGGUCAUGCCCUAAUCCCAUCUGUCUAUAUUGGAGAGCUUUGGACACGUCGUCUCUGAUCCCAGGGAUAAACAGGCGGUGUUGGACUCUUUGUCUUCUGCGUCGUCUCCAACCCGUACCCUUAUAAAGUUGUCCCACGCAGAACAUCCGCCCCUGAACCAACGCCGUGGAGUCGACGAUAAUAUGGAAACUUCAUCUCUCCCCUGUGAUCACAUCCAAGAGCCCUUUUGACAUCUAUCAAAUCACGUUUCUUCUGUUCACCACGGCCAUGCUAAUAUGUAGAGUCUGACGACUUUGCCGAGUUCUUCUUGAUGUAGUGGAGUGCAAGGGCCACCGCCAGGGAUCCAACACAGAUAAGCACUAUCACGAUCAACAAGCAUAUGCAUAAAGUGCGCUUCCUCCUGUGAACCGGCGGGUUAACCAUCACGGGAUACGGACGGUCAACCACGUGCUGUUGUGCUGGCAGAUAUACAUAUGCGUGAUCUUGGCCGUUCCCAGCAGCGACGAAAGCGCCGUUCCCGUUGGGUUCGAGGGCGACUAGGGCUUCUCCACUGGAACCAUAGUACGCAGGGUUAUUGUUCCCUCCUUUUGCAGUAAUCAGCCUCACGCCCACAGCGGUGAAAUGAACGACGAACCCGAGUACAUUGGCUGGUAUCGAGCAGGGCGCUGAGGGCUUAGGAAUCCAUUUGGCAUGACUUCAAUUCUGUCUUCGACGAUAGUGCACAGAAACGAGAGGGAGGAUCGGUACUGUCGUCGUGAGUCGAGGCCGCACGACAACUGCGGAUUAAUAUGGCGCAUAGAAGGGAUCAAGCUGAGGCUGAACGAGGUUGCCAACCCAACUACGCUAUUCUUGCACCACACGUUUCCCCACCAGUUUCCUUGCAUGAAAUUGUGAAAGGGCUCACUGCCUUGUGGCUUUCCACGGUCCUAUCGUUUCCCAUGGCGUCUUGCAUCGGUGGCUGAU